AUGACCAGGUAAUUCGUUAAUAAGCGGGUUCUUCAGAUGUUUUCGGAUAUUUUUUUGCCCCUUUCCAUUCUUAUAGCAUAGCUUAGGUCGUGUAUACCUGUCUAAGUUGGCCAUUUGUAGAAAAUCCCUCUGUAAAACCACGAGCACUGAAUUAUGCCUCAGAAUUUUGUACGAUUAUGGCUUUUUCGGACAGUAGCGGAUUGUGUGGUAAACUACCUCUUAAGUAAGAUAAGUCGUCUAGUGAAGUCAGCUAAAGUUAAGCCGUAAGUAGUGUACGUGUCCAUUGACCACGCAGUUUACCUCAGUCCUCCCUGACUGGUUAGCGUUCCUUGAUUGUUUGGGAAUUUGCAAUAACUGAGGCUCCGUUCUACUCCAGUAAGGUCGAGGGAAGUCAUUCUCUCGUAUAGGGCUUCCUGUCAGGCAUUGAUCGUAAGCAACCUCAUCAUGGAUAUUUAAUAGCCCCUGCUAAUCUGUCCACAAAUUCGUUAGAUAAUCUCAUGUUAUCUGCCGUAACCCCGGCUAUCAUAAGGAGUGCUACCUCUGCAUAAUGCGUCCCUGAAUCACGAUCUUUGCUCAGCAGGGAUCGUGUGAAUUAAUUCUCUCGCACUCGCGACGCACCCCGAUCCUUUCCUGGACUGAGCGCUCCAAACUUCUAUGACGCAUGUCCUUGGGCAGAUAAUGGUUUUGACUUCCACUUAUACGCCUACACUGUGCAAUAAUUAUUGCCACAUUUAAUUUUCUUCCUGUCGGGCUAGUUACAAACCUGCGCGGACUAUCACUUUUCAUGGUUUUAGAGCAGCCGUAUGACUUGUCUUCAGGAAGCUAGUUUACUUCUUCGUUAUGCCAUUGAAGAUGAAUAUAUUGUCGUCCUGUCGCCGAGUCCAUGGUCUUUGCUCAAGGGCGCCGAAUGAUCAUGACUCAGUAUUGUGUAGACGCGGCUCGAAAUUCCUCCCACCAGAUUUACAUGGACAGCCAGGUAUAGACGGCAUUACAAGCGGCCCGAAACAACUAUUUAGAAACUGCGUAAGAGCAUUUUAUAUUAGUUGUUCAAGCAUGUACUGCUACAUUUUAGCACAACUUCAAAAAAUGAUCAACAGGCCCGCUCCACCAGAUCACUGGAUUAGUCGACGUAGCAGUGGCUAAUUUCAAAGCACUGUCUGCCUCCUUCCAGAUGAAUAGGGUUUAAAAAGCUCUUUAGCUCCGGAGUUAACGAUCGCAUAAUUAUGACCGGCUUCCGCUUUUCUCCUUUACUGCGACUUCACUGCAAACGCAAGCCUUCAGCCAGAAACAAGGCCGUGCUACUUGAAGCACUUAACUUAAGCUGCAUCGCCGCAGGCUUUAGAAUGAAACUCUUUUGAUGACCGCCGGUAUAUUCUGAAGUUCAUCUGUCCUUUACUUAGGCUCUCACUAUAUCCAAAUUUUUCAUGCCCGUGUACGUUGUGUACUAGACAGAUGUAGGCUGCGAAAUUCAGUUCUGAGUUGUUUAUCCCCAUAAGCAAAAGGCACUUAAAACGGCGUGGGGUACCAACACGAGGACCCUUUAUCAUUUAACAGGAGAGCCAAAAAGAUCUGGUAGACGUUGUUCGGUGGAGACAGUAUUUUGUUCGUGAUGGCCUAGUCAACCGGUGCGAUCAAGCCCCAUCUGAUUGUGAUCAUCUGGGAAGAUCGAACCCUGUUCUAUUACGGCAACACGCUUGAAAGGCACGUCCGAAAACGUUUGGUAACAUUUUAGCCUACCCCUGCCAAUCGCCUAUCACUAAACCAAGUCGGCAGACGACAAUACCUCGAACCGACUCUUUGCUUUGACAGAUACGUAGCAGAAGGCUGGAAUCGAUACCGUUCUCAAGGCUGGUUCGAUCAGAGAUUAUUACAACCGUACCGAAUACCCAGCUGAGACACCGCCUCGGGAAUGGGGCUAUAGUACCAGCACAAUUGAGGCUUUUAGUCACAGUCUUCACAAUGUUCAUUCAAACGAUUUAUUAUCCGACCGGUCCAGUUGUAUAGCACUAGAUAUGUGGAUUGCAUCUUUAGAAUGCCUGGAGACCUUUGACGACUUUGAUUUCUCUCAAAGUGACCCCAACUAGUAAAGCAAUUCUCAUUGUCAUGGUGAGACGAAACCGACUAACAACCUAGAACAGUAUGUUGAAAAGUUAAAGAGUUAUUGUUAUGGUGUGGUGUUUUCUAGUUUCUGGCGGAUUCUGGUUAGACCGAUUUCGCGCCCACGUACUCGAAACUUCUUAUUCACCGGUAGUGGACUCCGUUAGCUGGCUCCAUGGACACAGUCCUGGAGUCGUUCCUGUUUUUUCCACUGCCGAUGCCGGCAUUUCUUCAUAGUAGUCCUUGUGACGAGGUCAUCCUGAAGGUGAAAUAGUGGAAAUGCAUGUGCAGACAAAAUAGUCCAUGAAUUUGUAAAUUCAAUGGUCAGGCCUCUGUAACCGUUUUCCACUAAGCAGGCUAUGGAGAGGGGCAGUUCGAAGACUUGCUAUUCACCCGCCAUCCGUCAAAUUGAAUUGUCCUGGUCGUAUAUUGCACCCAUCUGAAGGAAAAAUUGUCCUGGAUGUUAACUUGCUCUGGUUGGCAUCAGCAACGAAGUGGCCAACUGAAGGUACAGAUGGACGUACUGUAUGCCGGUUUUGAGUGUAUCUCUGGUCCCAUGGUCUUUGACAUGGCAAAUCGCCCAGCUUCACACGUGAGUUCGCUAGUAACCACUUGCAGUGGUAGCCGAUCAUUCUUAAUGCCGUGAUCCCGGGGUGUAUAACCGACUGAAACCGUAAUAACUCAGGUCAUCACAGGCAAGACACAGACAUCAACCGUUGGCGACUACAAAAUACCCCUGAUCCUUAUUUACUGACAGCAAUACAAGUUGCGGUGCAUCUGACAGCUUUUGAUCAGACGAUACUCGGUUGCUGACCUGAUUCACUCCAGUAAUCAGAGUCGGCUCAGGAACAAAUCUGAUUAGUACAAUUGCACCGGCCAUCCAGGAAGAGCGAUCACCCCAGCUCCAUGAAUCCUUUAUCCCCAUUAAACGCGACUUUGCCGAGGGAAAUGGCCCAGAAAGACACAUUACACUGCAUGUUUCUUCUAUUUAGAUUUAUUCUAAGCUACUAUGAUCAACUUUUUCGUUGUGCAUUAAAUCCGCCCAUAGACGAACUUCGGGACCUUCUGAAACCGCAUUAUUUUUUUUGAGGGUUGGGAGGGGGGGACGGGCUAACGCCAUGAUUGAGCGGGAUGGAGAAGCGUUAUUUAAUUUCUACUCAGUUGAUUUCCUCCUGUUCUUAGUAAGGUCUCAUUCUGCACGCAGUACUGCAGUACGUGUGACACAGACUCAACUGGUUGUUUGGAAAGUCAUUAGCGAACAUAAAUUAGUAGGUUGAAUACUGACACUGAACCCAGCUGUCGUAAAGUCUACAAAGCUACAAAUAUGGGUCUUACAAACCAUUCUCUUAGUUGCAGUAUCUUCUGUGGCAUCAGGCUUCGAUCCUGGUAACGUGUUCUCAUGAGCGCCUUCUUACCAUGUCUUCGAAACCUUUCAGAAGUUUGGAGGCAAGGAUUUCUGUCGUACUGUUGAUGCAUUGACCCUUCCCGGCGGUUGUUCCAAAUUGUCCUAUCACCCUUCUCAAUGAACGAAGCAAGGCCGCGCCACACCUGUCUUAGAGAACCACGACAAGCGUGCACAGCUUGUGGAGAAUGAGAUGGUCAGGCUGUUAAAUCCUGCUAAUCCCCUUGUGAUUGUGUUGUGACUCCUCUCAGAAGCCAUAGGCGACUUCGUACCAGCCUUCGUUGCUGGAGGCGCCUCGAUUCCUUAAUAAGAGCGUGCUUUGUUACCCCGUUGGGUGCUAAACUUCUUGGUAGACCUAAAUUCCAGAUUUUAGUCCACGGCUUUUAUUUUCCGCGAACUGUCUGUUCGCACCCUGAUAUUCACCACUGUCGUCAGUCAUCAGGUGCAUGAGGUUGUGUGUGAAUCUGAUACAAGUUCGUCCCUCAACCCUAUUUCAUCUUGUUUUCGGACUGCAAUGGGCGGCGGUGAGUUCUGGUCGUAUUCUAACAUUAAACUCCUGUGCUGUCUCUGUAGGCCACCGGCCGCGAACCCAGUAAUCAGUUGCUCACUAUACUGCCAUACCAUUUCGAAUCCGCAGCUGCCUAUUCGCCAGAUUUUCGCCCGCUUAUUCGCUGUGAUCCCGACCACUGAAGAAAGAUCUCACUGUCCGCUGCGUGUUACGUGCUGCUUAGUGACAUCAGGAUUUGCAAAAAAACCCCGUCUUCUCGACGUUAGUAAUGACCGAAGCCCACCAACUCGCCGGUUGGGUAUAAUUAUAAACGGCCUCGUAAAAUGUUCAGUCUGAUUCCAUAUAGUCUUUAUAUGUAAUCUAAUAGCCUAAUUCACAUUGACACGACAUUGAGGAUUGUAAUAGUCUGACUACGUAAUCCCGACAUUUAAACAGUCCACUUUCAAUGUCCAAGUACUGUUAUUCAUGUCGCUCCUAUGCCAAAGCAUUGCUUUUGCCUGGUUAUCUCCAAAGCAUCAUCAUCAUAGACAGCAUAUACAGCAUGCUGGUAAUGUCAACAAGAAGGCUCCAGUGAACGCGGUGGAGAAGAACUGCUCUUCGUGAUGUCCAUGCCGUCUAUCUCAUUGGGAUCGGAUACCUGUAAUUGCAUGAUGCUGAGGCGCACCCAUCAAAUAUAACUUGAGGAAGGAUAACUCGCAUAUCUUCCAUAUUUUAUUUAAGAACUGAUGAAAUUUGCGCGUGUUUGCUGCCUUUACAAGAAUUUUUUUGUUUCCUUCUGCCAUCCUAGACGUGGUCGAGAUCGAUCACCCUAUUAUUCCUCUAGGCGACGUACGUCGCGCACCCCAGAUCGUCAUCGUCGAAGCCGACAUCAUCGAUCUGGCAGGUCACACUCCCGCAGCCGAUCUCGUUCCCGGAGUCCCCGAAGUCAUCAUCACCACUCCUCGAGCAGCAGCAGCACACUCCAUGCUCUCAGCUCCUCCACAUCCCUUGCUUCUCUCCUCGCAGCGCAGAAGGCAGAGACUGCCUCCUCUUCCUCAGCAACCACAACAUCAACCACUGUUGUCAGUGCUGCAUCCCGCUCUAGUGAGAUAUCAGCCGUAGCUACUGCUGCGCUCUCACAGAUCAAAGCUGCUCAGGCUCGGUCAGCAGCAGCGGCAGCGGCCAAUGAACCAAUCUCUUCCCUCGAGGGUGCCAUCCGCCUAGACGGUGUGCUCGACAAGGAUGCCGAACAAAAGCGCCUGGACUUGGAAAUGCAAAAGGCAUGACGCUCUCUGACCCUCUGCCAUAGUUUGCCUACUAACGGGUCAUCUUGUUGUCUUUCCUUCGUAGCACUGAACUUCUUUAGUUUUUGCGCUUUUAAAAUUGUCUCCCACACAUUAAUUUCUUAUGACCGUCAUUGCAGCACACUCACCGUUUUGCUUUUCCUGACUGGUUUAUGUUCAGCGACGUGAAAGAAUUGAAAGGUGGAGGAGGGAAAAACGGCUGAAGUUAGACGUGGCCACAGCACACAGCAAACUGCUGGACGGCAUCAAGGUGCGUACCGGCAAGAAGUGGACUUUGGAGGAUGAGGAAGAGGAGGAGGAAGACAAUGCACCACCACCACCGACUGAGGCUCCUGAGGGUGGAAGCACACAGAAGGAGGAUGAGGAUGAAAUUGAUCCUCUGGAUGCCUAUAUGCAGGUGGGUGGACUGAUUUCAUCUCCCUCAUUUGGCCUUGCCACUGGGGUUGCCUGA